GACGGAACGAUGCAGGCCCUGCUGUGUUUGUCAACAGUGCGAAAUUCGUAGCGGCCGUUUUUAUCCAUUUUGCGAUAUGGAAGUGAUUUCGACGGGAUCAUCUAGAUUAUUUUUAACUUCUCCUGUAGAAAAUAAAGAUGAUUUAGAAGAGAAACUAGAAAGGAGUUACCAAUUUCUGCAGAGCACGACGGCCGGAUUGAGCGAUAAGGACGCGCACGAGGCUAUUAAUAAAGCGCUAUUGAAGGAGAAAUGUUAUGAAGAAGUAUCGUUCGGACUUUUGGUUACGAUUUUAACUGAACCGCAAAAUGCUAGUAAGAGUUACAGGGACUUAACGUUGAUAACUCGCGACGGUUUCGGGUUGAUACUUACGAAUUUAUCACAGUUAGUGUUGGACAGAUAUUUACGUUUCAAUGAAAUCGUUAAACAACAGUUGAUAUGGCUUUUGAGGGAGAUGAUAAAGAAUGCAGUGACCAAUGUGGACACGUUAGUGUGGAAUAUGAUGAGACAUGCCGCCGGAGGUGAUGUAUCCCCAAAAAAUAUUACGCUUAUCGAAUCCCUUCUCGAUGUUUUUAUAGAAUACAAAAACUGGUUAGAGAAAUUUCCACUUUUAAUAGCGUCAGUAGUUUAUACGUAUCUAAGAUUAAUAGAAGAUCACAACGCGCCUUAUCUAUCGACAUUGAGACAAAAAGAAGUUAAUUUUUUAAUAAGUAUUAUGCGGGAUCAUUUUCACGAGUGUUUAGUUAUCGGAAGAGAUUUAGUUAGGCUUUUACAAAAUGUCGCUAGGAUACCUGAAUUCGAACAACUUUGGAAGGACAUGUUGUUAACGCCCAAGUCGUUGUCUCCUAAUUUUACUGGAAUUUUACAGUUGCUGCAAAACAGAACGUCCCGCAGGUUUCUCCAAUCCAGAUUGACGCCCGAAAUGGAAAGGAAGCUCGUAUUCUUAACGUCGCAAGUUAGAUUUGGAAAUCACAAACGUUACCAAGACUGGUUCCAAAAGCAGUACUUAGCUACACCAGAAUCACAAAGUCUUCGAUGUGAUAUUAUACGUUUCAUUGUUGGUGUUAUCCAUCCCACCAAUGAGUUACUUUGUUCCGAUAUAAUACCGAGAUGGGCUGUUAUCGGAUGGCUAUUAACCACCUGUACAUCAACAGUAGCAGUAUCUAACGCUAAAUUAGCUUUAUUUUACGAUUGGCUAUUUUUCGAUAGUGAAAAGGAUAACAUCAUGAAUAUCGAACCGGCUAUAUUAGUAAUGCACCAUUCCAUGAGAUCCCAUCCAGCCGUUUCUGCUACACUAUUGGACUUUCUGUGCAGGAUUAUAUCGAAUUUUUACCCACCGCUAUCGGAUAAAGUCAAAGCGGGUAUAUUCACAUCUCUGAGGCAAAUCUUGGAUAAAAGAGUCUUACCGUCGCUUUUACCUCUCUUCGAUAACGCCAAAUUGGACAGAGACCUAAGAAAUAUGGUACAAGACACGUUUAGAGAGUUCUGUAAUUCGGUAUCCUUAGAAUCCUCUUCCAAAGAUAUUCUAAACACGCCCAACUCCAUUAAAUUCGAAGACAAUGAAUCUCUUUCGCUCAUGAACAAUCACAUCAUGGACACAGAACCGGCUUUCAGCGACGACGAGGAGGAGACCGGCUUAAGAAUAAAUCCGCCUAUCAAUUACAACAGCGACGAAGAAGACGAUGACAUUCCACUGGCUAAAAUAAAGUUAAAAGAUAAAAACAAGAACAAUGAGAACUUCAUCGAGGGCCCCAUCGGGGAGACCUUACAGAAGCUCGAGAACGAGACGGAUUCGGACGAACGGAACGAACUAAUGGAGAAAGUCAUUCAGCAAGUGAUGGACUUGGACGAGGACGAUGAGAAUUUGCCGGCCGUCGCGAAAUGUCUCGUUAAUUGCGUGAAAACCGAGGUAACGGGCGAACUAUUCCCCGAAUCGUUGACGGAAGAAAAUCUAGCCGACAGCAUGAAGUCUCCGCUGUUUACUCUAUAUAAAACGCUGUACGGUUUGGGUAAGGACGAGUUGGGGAAGGACGUUUUGUACAAAUUAAUUGCAGAAAUGUAUAGUGAUAUGCCGAGUCUCGGUUACCUGCUCAUAUUUUACCUCAAAGCGAAGAUUUGGAAGGAGAACAAAAAGGAGGACCAUUCGGUCGCGAGCGCCCUGAAAAUUAGUGUGUACAAAGACUUUUGCCACUGCUUAGAAAAGAAAGUAGACAUUUGUUUGUUUGACGAUUUGAACGCCUGUCAUAUCAGUGAUACGAAAUUGAUGAUGUGGAUCGUGCCAGAUCUAUACAGAGACUUUAAACAACAAACUUUAAAUAAUGCUCAAGUUUUAAGGGUAAUAAUAUCAGCAAUAGAUCCGAAACAGUUGCAAACGUUAGUGGGAAAAGUACUCCAAGGGCAUCUGAUGAUGUUUAAGACUGAAAGUAUCGUACCGCUGUUGAAGGCCAGUUUGACAUGGGAGAGCAUCGAGCAGUUUUUCCUGUGGCAGCUCGUCAGCGCCCACAACGUCUCCAUCGACACCGUUCUACCGUUGAUCACGGAACUAGAUUACGAACAGCAUUCUGAAGCUUUAACCGCCAUUACGCUUAUGCUUAAACUCGAAAAACCCAACGCCGACUACAUUAAACACUUGUUUUCUAGGGAUAUUUGUGAUAACGGCGAUCUGUUCGUAUUCACGAUCAUCAAAUACUGGUGCGACGAAUACAUAGACAAAGUGGCCGAAUUAAUUUCCUCGUUGUUAAGUACGCGGUACCCGUCGACGUCGCCCAACAAGCGGAAACGGUCCGCUACGAGUAAAACGUUGAGUACCACGGUACCUAGUGCGGACCAAGUGCUCGGCCAUUUGGAGAAGUUGAGAAUCAUAUGCGAGAAACACGAUUGCAUGGCCAUUUAUACGCUCGAUUCGAUGCAACGGGCGCUCAGUAUCGCGCACAACAACAGCAACGACAGCCAGAGGAAGCAGUUUAGCGAAUUGUUCGGCCUGAUGGAGGAGGAGGAGGAGGUGAGCUCGACCAAACGGUCGCAGGGACGCGGCAGGAAACCUGCCAACAAGAAUACCGUCGCCAGUAGAAGGGAGAUUCUCAGAGUACCCAUCCUACCGUCGGAUUCUUCCGAUGAUAGCAGCGAAGAAGAAGAAAUAGUGAAACCCAAGCAGCCAAAGAAACGAAAAAAAGUGAUGUCGGACAGCGAUUGACGGAAACAACAUGUCUUCGUGCGUAUUGCUAUAAGUUUCCUCGAAGUCGAACCCUCCCAGCGCGAACGGCGUUUGUUCCUUAAGCGACAAGAUUAUCCGAUGUGAAGAAAACACUGCCCAUGUCUCUCAUCAGUAGGCAAUAAAUUGUCACGAAUGAAAUGAAGUGAAAACAAAACACCUUUGCGUACAUUGUAUACUUCUAAACUUGUUGUUGACUCACUUUCGUCUCCUCUGUAUUAACUCUUUCAAUAGAUCAAGUCGUAAGAAAUGUGCGAUAUUUUCGUAAAAAAAAAUGGCGAUUUUUUGUUAUUGUUGUGUUAUAGUUGAAUUAAAUUUGAUAAACUGCGAGUAGUUUAAGGCGAAGAAUGAUUUAUAGUCGGUAGUUUAUAAAAUUCCCUAUCUUAGAAGAGUAAAUUGAAAUCAUUUUGUUUUUGCAAAAGAUUUAUUUUUUUUGUUUAUCGAUAUAUUUGAAUAAAAUUGAAGAAAAUAAUGUAGUUUGUUGAUUUUUUUAAAGAAUUUUAAUUUUAAAUUGGUGAUAUUCCUAAAAUAGAAGGUAAAGAACAUUACUUACAAGUUAUAACUUUUAAACUAUUUUAUUUUAAAAAAAUGUGUACAACCUUUGAGUUCUAAACUUUUUACUAUUUUUUCAAUAACCGAAUUAGUUUUGUUAGUUAUACAAUUUUGCAGGAAUGUAUUAUUUGUAAAUAUCGUUAAUAAAAAGGGAUGUGAGCGACUCGAGUUUAAUAUACAACUUGAAAUUUAAUUUACUAAAAUUACCAUAUUCUGAAAGAUUAUUCGAUUUUAUAUUCAACGCGUAACAUUUCAGUCGGUUGAUUUUUUUUAUUUGAAAGAAUUAUAUACAAAGAGGCGCAAGUGCACAUUUCAUCAAAAGCGAUCAUUAUAAUUGUACUUUCAUCUGUACAUAAUUGUUAUUGUUAGUUUUUUCUAAAUGUUUCGAUUUUUUUAUUAUCCGAGUCAUCGAUUACAUCAAGGUUUUUUUUUAAAAGGAUUGUAAAUUAUCUGUAAUAUUGCAAUUCGUAAAUUGUACAUAGACAUUUGUAAAUAUAUUUAUAUAGAAUAUUG